AUGGUGACAGCUUCCAAGAAUGUGGUAGAGCCAGUGUUCAUUGUUCUCGCCUUCACUGUAGGAUGUCUCAUCAACAGACGAAAAGAUACCCAGGUGAUAUACAAUGAAUCCUCAGAAGAUGUCGAAACUGGUCAACGAUAUAUCGACUCGCCAUCCCCAAAGCCAGCUUUACUCCAAAACGAACGACCUGCACGCAAAGCUCCCAACUUGUUCUUCGCUCUUCUUUCACGUUUCUUCAACACUUUUCCGUUUCUAAUAGAGAUUUGGUACUGGAACUUGACAUACUGGAUAUAUCAAGGCCUUCGAGCUGUAUCGGCCAGAGCAAUUGCUGGUAAUGAAGACAUCUUCGACCGCGCCAGAGACCAUGCUCUCCAAAUCCUCCAUCUUGAAUCCUUCUUUGGUCUCUAUAUUGAGCAACGUUUCCAGGCAUACAUGAUGUCCGAACAACAAUGGCUCAUGUCCGUCCUCGCCAAGAUCUACUACUCACACAUCAGCGUUGGUAUUCUCUUUCUCAUAUACAUCUACACUUAUCUCCCGCCAUCGACCUUUCAACGAAUUCGUCGCACCAUUGCAGUUGAUAAUGCAAUCGCUUUCGUCAUCGUGACCCUCUGGCGUUGUUCACCUCCUCGCUUACUACCUCCUGAGUACGGCUUCGUCGAUGUUCUACACAGCAAAGCUGGUGGCUCCAACGUCUGGAACAACAAUCGUUUCCAGUUGACCAUCGCCGCGAUGCCGAGUUUGCAUUUUGGAACGUCUCUCUUCUUUGCCGUUUGCAUGUGUCGCUUCUCUCCGCAUCGCUUCAUGCGCAUAGUCGCUCCUCUCUGGCCCGCUGCUAUGCUCAUCACGAUUGUUGCAACGGCAAACCAUUUCCUCACUGAUGCUUUGGUCGGAGCUCUGGUUCCUCUGCUAGGAUGGCGUAUUAAUCAGGCUGUACUUAUCCUUAAGCCUAUUCAGGAUUUUGUAUUUGCACCGUUGGUCAAUAGGAUGGACCUGAUAGAUUCCAACGUACGGGUUGUUCCUAAGGUUUUGUAA